CGUGAUGAAUGAUUGAUCGAUCCCUCCAUUCAUUCGCCGAUAACCGAGAUUGAGGACGGCGAGUGUCUCAAAAAAACCUCAGUUAAGAGAAUAGACUGAGAUCAACAGACUUUGACAACGAUUUUUCCACUAUCAGGGUUCAAAGAAAGUGAGAGGUAAUGCUUGGGUGGAUAAGGGCGCUUCCAUUAUCCUUUCUAGUGUCGUGUUCAACUAAAACCGGGAAAUACUUUCGACUGCCGACAUCGCGAUCAUAUCCGAUUUGUUUCGAUUGGAGGAAAUCACAAAUAUCGACCGGGACCAAUGCAAUGAAUAUCAACAUGGAUGAUAUGAUGUCAGGUUCAGCAGCACAUUGCGAGGACGGAAAGCCACUAACUAGGACAACUUCGUGGCAAAAGGACUUAAACUCGACAACCGCCGAGGUUACCUUUCACGUUGUAGGUGAUGCAUACGUUGACUUCUUUUCGUUUUUAGACGGAGAAUGGCCCGAAUCAGGGGGAGAUUCCCGUUUGGGAGAACCCGUCAAGUGUUAUGCUGGCGGUUCUUCCGUGAAUACCGCAACCCAUCUGAAAGCCCUGAUUCGAAACUUCACGGACGAACCGAAACCACCGGUCGUUCUCCACACCGUAUUGAAUCCCGACGACCAAUACGGGCAGAUACUGAUGGACCACGCGAAAAGCCACGAAAUCCCUAUCGAUAAUCGUAGGAGGGAGGGUGAUGCUUCUACGACAGGUCAUUGUAUAGCAAUCGUUUCUGGUGGGGAACGAUCGUUCAUGACACACCAGGGGGUCGUCGGAAAUUUCUCUGCAGACGACCUUGAUGUAGAGGAAAUAGGAUCGACUCCUACGCAUCUCCAUCUUCACAUCGCCGGGUACUACAAUAUUCCUGGAUUCUGGAACGGUAAGCUGAAACAAAAGUUAGAGGCGGUCCGAAACAUGAGAAAGAGGAUGUUCCCCGACAAGAAUACAACAAUUUCACUCGUUACCCAGCACGAUGCGACGAAAGAAUGGGAUGGUGGCCUUAGCGACCUUUUUCCCCUCCUUGACUUCGUCCUCAUGAACGAUCUGGAGGCGAGAAGUAUCAUCCGUUGUGCAAAAGGCGGAAAGAGGAUAGGUUACGAGCACGAGCACCUGGAAUGGGCGGAUUACUUUGGUGGGCUCGAUCGAAGCAGCAAGACAAUAAUUACCAGGGGAGAAAAAGGUUCGGUUGCGCUACAGCACAAAAGGAUUCUCAGCAAACAAAAACCGAUCGUUAUGAAUUCCAUCGACCCCACCGGAGCGGGGGAUUCCUUCACCGCCGGCUUUCUGUUUGGCCUCUGGUCGUGGAAACUGGGGAGACGAGAAGAAACGACGGAAACAAAACCGGGCGAACGAGAGGGAAUGGAUGGUAUGAAUGGCGGAGACGGUGCGUGGCCUACGGAGGCCAUCGAAGAAGGGAUGAGAUGGGGCGUCAGCCUCGCAAGUGCCGCCGUUAUGAUUCGCGGAGCUAGCGUCCCUCCCGAUGGCAGCGAGAUCCAGAAGAUUCUGGAACAGGCGAAAGAACCAGAAUACCCCGUCUUUGACAACGGGUAUUCUCAGCUGAGCUCGUGCUAUUAAACAAAGGUGUUCCUCUAGAGAUUCGAACUUGCUGUGGAUUCCGACAGAAUCAACAAUUUUAAAUACUAGUGUACGCUCCGAACAGGGAAGAUGAUCCGUAGUAAUACUUCUUGUCACACUUGCUGCAAUAUGAAGAGUCCAAAUAUAGAAGUACCUUUCAUCACUACCACUACCGCCACCACCACAUAGCAUAACAUAACAACUGAAUACGGAAACGACUGGAUGGCUUCAAGAUCUUUCCGCUGAGGUACAAAUGUAAGAAGAAUGCGUAGUCCCAACCCCGCUUUUCUCAUCAUUCUUCAAUAAGAACAGUCACGGUGUCAACAAUGUAUCAAGCCAUUCAGUCAUUCCUGCAGCACUUUCAAAAGGAAGUGCAAGUAGCUACUCUGCACACUGUACUAAGUACUAACACUAUUGCAGAGAGUUCUGUAAUGUGCACGAGGGCACAGAACUUUAAUUUGAGGUCUUAAACUCUGAACUUCGAAGCAAGAAUUAUUCUACCGGUAGGACUCAAUCAUUGAGACCGUUUUCAAGAGUCUGCCUACUCCCUAUUGGAUGGUAGGAGUGAAGAAGAACAAGUACCUAUGAGUAGUAAGAACUACCUCCAUUCCUAAAUAAUGGUCCAGUUUGCAC